AUGGCUGAGUUGCGUUGGGGUAAAGACAAAAGGUGUCAACUGCACUACAAGACAAAUAAUACAGACUGGGAUGAGUGGCCCACAUCUUUGUGUUUAGACCAAGAGCCUGGAGGUCUCUCUCCAAAGACCUUGAAUGGUUUGAAGAAGAACAGACAGACUGGAGAGCGUUACAACUUUCGGCCAGUGCUUAUGCUCAAGUCAACCGAUCAUAUAGCCUCAGAUACGAAGUCAAAGUCAACCAUCAGCACGCCCGAGCGUCUGCAAAGAUUGAAGUUCGACAUAAAGCCUGAUAAUGUCUGGGCUGCAGCCUACGACGGCGAGGGAAACAUGGUGGUGAAUGCUACAGUCUGUCUUUUCAACCAAUACUCGCCGCAGCUUUACAGAGUUGCGGUGUCCGGGAAGCCAAUUCCGCUUGAAGCCAUUGCUGACCCUGAAAAGAACAAGGUACAGCCAGAUCAAUCGUCUGAGGGCGAUGUUCUGGAUCUUGAAUUUGACCCCCCUUUGAACUUCACUACUCGUCACAGUUUCCCAAAGCAUCAAAAACAGCCACUCGAGUCAAAUACUGACGCUCAUUUCCUCACCAUAUUCAACGAGCUUCCUUUGGGAUCUAGUAGUGCCUGGAGUAUGGCACCUAACAGUGUUGACGAUCUAUCUUGGGCUGCCCAUCCUGCACAUACUUCUCCUUUCCAUUCUACCAUUGGGGACGAUCCCGCUGCAGCAGUACAGGAUUUGGUAACUCGCCUGUAUCAAAUGACGUACUAUGAUCACUUGGACAAGAACGACCUAGAAUUCCCUGCCAAGACUUUGAAUUUGGCAGACACCCUUAUUCUAACGAAAUGGACUGGAUUCAUAAUUGUUUUUGUUCUUAUUGGGUGCCACCUCAUAAUGUUUUGGACCAUCAUAUUUCUCUUUGCACUCCAUUCAGAGUAUUCGACUCUCGGUAAUGCAUGGUACGCAUUUACGCAAACAGCUCGUAUGGCAGAGGCCAUCGAAUCAUCUGAGAUGAUGUUGGAUCACGAGAUUGAGCCUUGGGCUAAGAUGACUGGUAGAGACAAGCAGAUUUAUGGUCUGCCUUGUUCAUCAGAUAACAGUAAGAUAGAGGUCUCUCGGUUGAAGAAAGAUACAGAAGAUCUAGGAGGAGAACAAUAG